GUCGCGCCGCCGAUGCUGUAAGAUGGCGGCCGCGUUGCCCGAGCGGAGGGUGCUGACUUACUGCGUCUAUAAAUGGUCCAGUUACUCGUCUACAUAUGUCCCGGAGAAUAUUUUGGUGGAUAAACCUAAUGAUCAAUCUUCAAGAUGGUCAUCUGAAAGCAACUACCCACCCCAGGUGGAACCUGAGGUCUGCUUGGAGGUGAGGUGGAAGGGGAAAUACUUGAUUCUAAAACUUGAGAGACCAGCCAUAGUCCAGAGUAUUACCUUUGGAAAAUAUGAAAAGACUCAUGUUUGUAACCUAAAGAAGUUCAAAGUUUAUGGGGGAAUGAGUGAAGAAAACAUGACUGAACUAUUGUCAAGUGGUUUAAAGAAUGAUUACAACAAGGAGACUUUCACAUUGAAGCACAAAAUUGAUGAUCAGAUGUUCCCUUGUCGUUUCAUUAAAAUAGUUCCAUUAAUGUCCUGGGGUCCUAGCUUUAACUUCAGCAUCUGGUAUGUUGAAAUACAUGGAAUAGAUGAACCAGAUAUUGUACAACCCUGCCUUAACUGGUACAGCAAGUACCGUGAACAAGAAGCCAUUAGGCUCUGCUUGAAACACUUCCGUCAGCACAACUACACCGAGGCCUUUGAGUCACUGCAGAAGAAAACUAAGAUUGCAUUGGAGCAUCCAAUGCUAACUGAGCUGCAUGACAAGUUGGUUCUGAAAGGUGACUUUGAUGCAUGUGAAGGACUAAUUGAGAAAGCUGUCAGCGAUGGUUUGUUUAAUCAGUACAUUAGUCAACAAGAAUACAAGCCCAGAUGGACACAGAUCAUCCCUCAAAGUAACAAAGGUGAUGGUGAAGACAAUCGGCCUGGUAUGCGGGGAGGCCAUCAGAUGGUAAUUGAUGUUCAGACAGAAACAGUAUAUUUAUUUGGUGGUUGGGAUGGAACACAGGAUUUGGCAGAUUUCUGGGCAUACAGUGUUAAAGAAAACCAGUGGACUUUUAUAUCUAGAGAUACUGAGAAAGAGAGUGGCCCAAGUGCUCGAUCCUGUCACAAGAUGUGCAUUGACACAACUCGGAGACAAAUAUACACACUGGGCCGUUACUUGGAUUCUUCAGUGAGAAAUAGCAAGUCUCUGAAGAGUGACUUCUAUCGCUAUGAUAUAGACACUAAUAAGUGGUCAUUAUUAAGUGAAGAUACAGCAACUGAUGGUGGACCAAAGUUGGUGUUUGAUCAUCAGAUGUGUAUGGAUUCUGAAAAGCACAUGAUUUACACAUUUGGUGGAAGAAUAUUGACUUGCAAUGGAAAUGUUGAUGACGCUCGAGCUAAUGAGCCACAGUUCAGUGGACUUUUUGCUUACCAUUGUCUUACUAACACCUGGAAGCUACUUAGAGAAGAUUCUUGCAAUGCUGGACCAGAAGAUGUGCAGUCUCGGAUUGGACACUGCAUGCUCUUCCAUACUAAAAAUCGGUGCCUUUAUGUUUUUGGUGGGCAGAGGUCAAAGACAUACUUGAACGAUUUCUUCAGUUAUGAUGUGGAUAGUGACCACGUGGAAAUAAUAUCAGAUGGGACAAAGAAGGACUCUGGUAUGGUUCCAAUGACAGGUUUCACUCAGAGAGCUACAAUUGACCCUGAACUGAAUGAGAUUCACGUCCUGUCAGGCCUCAGUAAAGACAAGGAUAAACGGGACGAGAAUGUUCGCAACUCUUUUUGGAUUUAUGACAUUGCACGAAACAACUGGUCCUGUGUUUAUAAGAAUGAUCAGUCUUUAAAAGAUAAUCCUAACAAAAGCCUUCAAGAGGAAGAGCCUUGUCCUCGGUUUGCGCACCAGCUGGUAUAUGAUGAUAUGCACAAGGUUCACUACUUGUUUGGUGGGAAUCCUGGCAAGUCGUGCUCUCCGAAGAUGAGACUAGAUGAUUUUUGGUCAUUAAAGCUUUGCCGCCCCUCCAAGGACUACCUCCUGAGACAUUGCAGAUAUCUCAUCAGGAAGCACAGAUUUGAGGAGAAAGCGCGAGCAGAUCCUUUGAAUGCUUUGAAAUACUUACAGAACGAUUUGUAUGUUACUGUGGAUCAUUCUGAUCCAGAAGAAACUAAAGAGUUUCAGUUAUUGGCUCAAGCACUCUUCAGAUCUGGUUCAGAUUUUAUCCCAUUGGGUUUUUUAGAUGUCGAUCAGAAUUAUGCCCAGAGGACUCUGUUGUUUGAUACACUGGUAAACUUCUUUCCUGACAGCAUGACACCUCCAAAAGGCAAUCUGGUUGACCUCAUCACACUGUAGCUCCGCAGUAUUUGCUGGAUACUGGCUGAAGAGGACGUCAAUCACAGAUCUAAUCUCCUGUUUUAUACUUGCUAGAUUGGAUUAUGGUUUUGGCUGGCAAAGGUGUUUUAUGUAACAUACCUCCACGUUUCUGGUUUUUGAGUUGUGUCCAAUUCCAGUGGUUUUUUUCAUGCCACCUUCUAAAAACUGGGUUGGAACAGAUGCUGGCUAUGUAAAUAUGGGUUUGCUUCCCAUAUGUGUUAAGUCAUUUGCAUUGGUAAAUAUUUAAAACUAUUUUGAGAUUAAAUAAUAAAUCCUGCCAUGUGACUGUCCAUAUAAACACAUAGUUGAAAUUCUUAAUGUCUGGCCUGAUUCUUGGAGUGACACUGCAGAGAUCUCAACUGAUUUUCACAGCAGCAUUUUUGUCUAUGUUCAUGUAAAUUUAUCAACCCAACUUCAAGGUAUUGUUGUAUUGUCAGAUCUGGUUCUCUUUGCCCUUUACAGCAAUAUUAAUAAUGCUUCAAAAUGUAGAUUUGCCUUUUACUUUGAAUAAAUCUCAGUACUGUGCAUCAUGUUCUGGAAUUCUGGGAAGGUAGAGGAUAAUUUAGUUGCUUUUUGACUUCAGAAUAACUCCCUUCUAUUGUCUAUUUUAGUUUGCACUUUGAAGUUCCUGUCCCAUUUACAGAUGAAUUAACUUUAUUCUCCCCAUUUCGCUGGUUUUGUUUGUGCAAACAAAAAUAUCCAGCUUUCAAAAUGGCUGUUAACAGGCUGGUUAAAAGGUGUGAAAGAUUUAGUAUCGCCUUCUUGUCAAAAGAUUAUUGUUAAGCAAUUACUUACAAAAGUAAUAGUUGUCAGCACUUCUCCCUUUCUGUUGCAGCUAGUAAAGAGUAUGAUGCACAGUUGCCAGUUUCCAAAGAAUUAGCUGGCAUGAGUUCAGUUUUGCUGUGAAAGAAGCACCUUUUUUGCAACUUAUUAAUAUUGCAGUAUUAUAUUGGGAUAUAGGCUGCUGAAAAAUGCAUGGUAUUAAACAAUUUUCCUUUGGAAAUGAGAUAUGCUCACAAAAAGGUGGUUACAAAAAGGAAAUGCUUUGCUGUAGAAAUCCAGCAAUAAGAGUAUUUCCACUACAACAGAUUCUAUGCUGUCCUUUUUUAUGAAAUUGAAAGAGUGCUAGGUGUUCCCUUCAAAAUAAUUAAAAAAUUAUGUUGAUCAUUA